GCCAGCUCUGGGGGGCGGGCGCUGGAGCGCAGCGCAGCGCAGCCCUAUCCGUCCGAGGACCGGACUCAACUGGAAGCCGAGCGCUGCCGCGGGAGGCGGGCGAUGGGGGCAGGUGCCUCCGGCUGCGCCAUGGACGGGCCGCGCCUGCUGCUGCUGCUGCUGCUGCUCCUGGGGGUGUCCCUUGGAGGUGCCAAGGAGGCAUGUCUCACCGGCCUGUACACCCACAGCGGGGAGUGCUGCAAAGCCUGCAACCUGGGUGAGGGGGUGGCCCAGCCUUGCGGAGCCAACCAGACCGUGUGCGAGCCCUGCCUGGACAGUGUGACCUUCUCGGAUGUGGUGAGCGCCACCGAGCCGUGCAAGCCGUGCACCGAGUGCGUGGGGCUGCAGAGCAUGUCGGCGCCGUGCGUGGAGGCGGACGACGCCGUGUGUCGCUGCGCCUACGGCUACUACCAGGACGAGACAACGGGCCGCUGCGAGGCGUGCCGCGUGUGCGAGGCGGGCUCGGGCCUCGUGUUCUCGUGCCAGGACCGGCAGAACACCGUGUGCGAGGAGUGCCCCGACGGCACGUACUCCGACGAGGCCAACCACGUGGACCCGUGCCUGCCCUGCACGGUGUGCGAGGACACUGAGCGCCAGCUGCGCGAGUGCACGCGCUGGGCAGACGCCGAGUGCGAGGAGAUCCCUGGCCGGUGGAUUACCCGAUCCACGCCUUCGGAGGGCUCAGACAGCACCGCCCCCAGCACAGAGGAGCCCGAGGGAGCUCCAGAGCAAGACGUCAUAGCCAGCACAGUGACAGAUGCGGUGACCACAGUGAUGGGCAGCUCUCAACCCGUAGUGACCCGAGGCACUGCCGACAACCUCAUCCCUGUCUACUGCUCCAUCCUGGCUGCUGUGGUUGUGGGCCUGGUGGCCUAUAUUGCCUUCAAGAGGUGGAACAGCUGCAAGCAGAACAAGCAAGGAGCCAACAGCCGGCCUGCGAACCAGACGCCCCCGCCAGAAGGAGAAAAGCUUCACAGUGACAGUGGCAUCUCAGUGGACAGCCAGAGCCUGCAUGACCAGCAGCCCCACACGCAGACGGCCGCAGGCCAGGCCCUCAAGGGGGACGGAGGUCUCUACAGCAGUCUGCCACCAGCCAAGCGGGAGGAGGUGGAGAAGCUGCUCAACGGCUCUGCGGGGGACACCUGGCGACACCUGGCCGGUGAGCUGGGCUACCAGCCGGAGCACAUAGACUCCUUCACCCACGAGGCCUGCCCGGUCCGAGCCCUGCUUGCCAGCUGGGCCGCCCAGGACAGCGCGACGCUCGACGCCCUCCUGGCGGCCCUGCGCCGCAUUCAGCGAGCCGACAUCGUCGAGAGCCUGUGUAGCGAGUCCACGGCCACGUCCCCCGUGUGAGCCGCCCCCGGAGCCCCUGCCCUGCCCCCACAUUCCGACGACUGAUGCUCCAGCCGCCCCCACAGGCCAGUGUCAGAGCUGAGCUCCUCUGGGCAGGGCCGUGGGGCCCAGGCCCCUCCACCACUGCCCUGUCCCGGCUCCUGUGUGGCCCUGUCGCUUCUGAUCACUCUCUCCGGUGCCAGAAGGGCCCCUGCUGCCCCUCCCACCCCUGCCCCUAAGCAUCCCAUCUGCAUCUUCUGCUCCCCUCUCCCCACACUUCUAGGUGGGCCAGCCCCUCCCACCUCAGCAGGUGUCAGGCCUGGGGGGCUAACACCAAGGGCGGUCUUGGGGGUGAUGACAAAGCCCCAGAGACUCAAAGGGAGAGACCGAGGAACCAGAGCCAUGGGCUCUACACUGUGAACUUGGGGAAUGAGGGACCAUCACUGUGGCCUACGUCCUCCCUCAGCCCCCUCACCCUCCUCUCUGGCCCAAGAUGAAAACGACCAGAGGCUUGUCAGAGCUGCAAGGGGGUUUUGAAGUCUAGUCCUACCCCCUUGUUUCAUGUAUAGGACAGACAGGCCCAGAGAGAGGGAGCGACUUGCCCAAAGCCACCCAGCAAUGGGGAGGACAGACGUGGGCUGGCCCCCCACUCUCUGAAUUAGGGGGUGCUGCCUUCAGGUUUGCUUGAGGUUAG